GAAAGGAAUUUGAACAUUAUACAGCUAGCCGUCGCAUUGUAUUAGAGUAUUAUCGAACGCUGCCGACGUUGUAGAUUUGUAGGCUACAACAUGAGUCUGCUCUUUUCAGGUACGAAGCAAGUAAAAGCUCUAUGCACGCGGAAGCUUCUGACGAGUACUUCUCGUCAUCAAUGGAGAUCAAUCAGCGUGAAGAGGACGGAAAAUUACCAUCGUGAAGAAUUCACACACAUCAUCGUCGGAGCAGGAUCUGCAGGAUGUGUUCUGGCAAACCGCCUCUCUGCCCGACCUAGCAACAAUGUUCUACUCCUCGAGGCGGGAAUCGAAGGAACCUCAUUGAGAAAUAGGAUUCCAGCUGCUUUCCGUUACAAUCGAAGUGACAUGACCUCUAAUUGGUAUUACCACACCAUCCCUCAGAAGUAUAUGAACAACAGAGAAGUAUAUUGGCCUAGGGGUAAAGUUCUUGGCGGCUCUUCAAUGCUUAACUCAAUGAUCUAUACCAGGGGUCAUGCUGACGAUUACGACCGAUGGGAACGAGAGGGUGCCAUAGGCUGGUCAUAUGCAGAUUGUCUACCAUAUUUCAAACGAUCACAGUGGCAUGAACUUGGUGAAGAUGACUAUCGUGGAGGUGAUGGUCCUCUUCAUGUAUCUAGAGGUAAAUCAAAGAGUGCAAUUUUCGAUACAUUUAUCAGAGCAGGAGAAGAAUGCGGAUAUCCAUUCACCUCGGACAUGAAUGGAUAUCAACAGGAGGGUUUUGGAUAUGUUGAUAUGACAGUGCACAAGGGGAUUCGAUGGGAUGCUGCAAGUGCAUACCUUCGAUCUGGGGACGUCCUGAAGAGAAAUAAUCUUAGCAUUAUCUCAAACUCAUUUGCUGAUCGAAUUCUGUUUCAAGGAACAAAGGCAGUUGGCAUUGAGUACACCCAGAAUAAUACUAAGGAAGUCGCAGUGGCGACGCAUGAUCUGAUUUUAUCUGGAGGGUCAAUCAAUUCCCCGCAGUUGCUUAUGCUCUCUGGUAUUGGCAAUGCAGACGAACUGAAACUACUGGGCAUCCCUGUGGUCAGUCACCUCCCUGGAGUGGGACAAAAUCUUCAGGAUCAUCUGCAGGUCGUCUUAAAUUAUGGAACAGGUAAAUCAAAUUCGUUUUCUCAUCUUCUUACUAAGAUAGCCGAUGGUCUUGAGUGGUUGAUGUUUGGGACAAGUCCUGCCGCUACGACCAACCUUGAAGCUGGUGCUUUUCUCAGAAGUCACUCUUUGACGAAUCACCCUAAUAUUCAAUUUCUUUUGGAAGGAUCGGCGAGAAGAGAGAAUGGUUUCAAUAUCCACCUGAAUACCCUGAGAGAAACCAGUCGAGGAUACAUCAAGCUCAGGUCUUCUAAUCCUAAGGAUCACCCUAUUAUUGACCCAAACUACCUUCAUACAGAUAAUGACCGCAGAGACCUACGUCAAGCUAUCAAAAUCGCGAAUGAUGUCGCUUCCCAGAAAGCUUUUGACGAAUUCCGGGCAAGUGCAAUGCAAGGGAUAUCAUCUACCAAGAGUGAUGAUGAACUCGAUGCUUUUAUCCGUGCCAGUGCAACCACAAAUUAUCAUCCAUCGUGUACCUGUAAGAUGGGUUCUGAAGACGAUUCUAUGGCUGUUGUUGAUAGCGAAACCCGUGUCUUUGGCUUAGACAAUAUUAGAGUUGUAGACGCGUCCAUUAUGCCUAGUAACAUAAGUGGAAAUCUGAAUGCCCCUGUUAUAAUGAUUGCUGAGAAGGUAGCUGACAUUAUUCUUGGAAAUACUCCACUUAAAAGGUCGAAUGUUCCUGUCUGGAGACCUUCCCUAUAGAAAAAUGACAUACCGGAUCAAUGAACUAUUACCUACCACUUUAUCUACUUAAAACACUGUUGUGCCAAAACCUUCCAACCGAUUAACUUCCAAAAAUAAAAACUGUUCAAAACAUGUCUAAGUCGAAGGGUUUACUUUCUUUGCAAAUGAUGUGCCUUGAAUCUAUUAAUAGAUUUAUGUUUAUUUUAGAUCUGUUAAGAUAGACUAAAGGCGGAAGUAGGAACCAUCAUUGUGUAAAUAUGACCUACAACGAUAGAGGAUGUACAGAGAAUCAUGUAUUUAAGUAUUUACCUGCAGAUUGCAAAUCAGAACCUGGAAAAAAAAUGAGGGUUGCACAGAAUUAGCCUUGCUCAACGAAAGCAAGGGAGCGAAGCGACAGAUCAUGUCAUUGAGUGCUUUUUUAUUUUCUAAAGUAGAAUUAAGAGAAUUCGUGCACAUUUUUUCAUUAAAUUUUCAUUAAGAAAGAUAAGUUUUCAAAAAAUGUCUGUGGCAGC